AUGGCCACCACCAAGGGCACCUUCAUUGCCAUCAAGCCCAAUGGCAUCCAGCUGGGCCUGGUCGGGGAAAUCAUCAAACGUUUUGAGCAGAAGGGAUUCUGCCCUGUGGGCAUAAAGUUCCUUAGGGCCUCAGAGGAACAUCUAAAACAGCAUUAUGUUGACCUGAAGGACAGGCCAUUUUUCCCUGGGCUUGUGAAAUACAUGAACUCAGGACAUGUUGUAGCCAUGGUCUGGGAAGGCUUUAAUGUGGUGAAGACAGGCAGAGUGAUGCUGGGGGAGACUAACCCAGCUGAUUCUAAGCCAGGAACCAUUCGUGAGGACUUCUACAUUCAAGUUGGCAGGAACAUCAUUCAUGGCAGUGAUUCUGUAAAAAGUGCUGAGAAGGAGAUCAGCCUGUGGUUUAAACCUGAAGAACUGGUUGACUAUAUGUCUUGUGCCCAUGACUGGGUCUAUGAAUAA